AUGACAGUCGUUUCGUCUUUUGGUGGGCACGCCAAGUUAACAGGCGUGGGCCUUUUCGUCGAUGCCAAUACUGGCUCCUUCGCAGCCCCUCCUGACACGAAUACCCACUGGAACGACAGUGACUACAGUCGGAAAGACGGUCAGGAGUUUGGCGUAGGAAUCGGUUUUGAAAACGGGCUAUACGGCUUGAUUUUCCACUGCAGUUGCUGGUCCGUCCUAGAGAGAGUCUUCCACCCCAAGCCCGUACCAGUGGACAGUUUGUACGAGCUCUGCUUGUCCAUGCCAAAGCCUCUUCAAACAAGCUGCAUUAACUGGGGUCACGACUAUGGAGGGCUUCAUUACUGGGAGAAAAGACCCUAUCUACCAUGGGAUGUCAUUGAGGAACCCACGAUCUAUGACAUGGAUGAUCUUCAGGAUCCUGAACCGGGUGAUUCUGAGGCCAGCAGAGAAUGGGCAGCAAAAUACGGCCUUCCGCCAUCGCGGCAGGACGAUUCUGACGACGAUGAGUGGACAGAGCCUACUCUUCGUAUAUCAACUCUCAUUAGUGACCCCUAUCACUUAGAUGAGAUCCAGAGGAUUCUUCAAGACCCGCCAAAGGCACCACCAGAAAGGGCCUUCCGUUACUUGUUACCACAUGCGGACGGGGACUUAUUCUCUCAGCUGCCUCAAGAGCUUCGCAUUGCAAUUUCAAAAUACUUACCCACUGCGGACUUCCUCAAUGGGCGCCUGGCACUACGGGGUCUCUGGGAUAUAUUCGACAGCCAGCAGUUUUGGGCGACAAGGUUCUUAGGACACAAGGCUGAGCGAUCGUGGGUUUUUGAGUCUUAUGACCUUGUGGGAUCUACACACGACUGGCGGUUCCUGUACAAGCAAACUUCAGAUGCCUUUGUUUCCCAAUCAAGCAGCUUGCGGAAUAGAAGUCGAGUGUGGCAACUGGCGCGGCGACUCAGAAGUAUCCUAAGCCUUAAGCCACUAACACGGCUUCCUCCCGUCGAGAACCAAGCGGGUGAUGGUGAGUUUGAGUGGUCGACCGCGCAGGCCGACGUUUGCCAGCCAUCGCCUGAGGAACCGCACAAGGCUUUUGUGCGUGGUUGUCGCGUACUGCACCGCCAACGAGUGCAACUAAAAUCACCAGCGAGUAACCAGAAGAUUGGUCUGUCUUUUGUCAAGGUCGGCGAGAAGUCCUAUCUUUCAGGGCUCAGACUCAGCUCCAGAACGGGAGAGGAUGUUCAAAUCGGGUAUCAAGCCUUCAACGAGCGGAUCGUCGAUCUUGGUUGCGAGGAAUUGACGGGCAUCAAGCUUGCGAUAAGUCCCAGAGGCAUACAAGCGCUUCAGUUUGUCACCAAUGGCAAUGGUGACCGUGCGAGAUGGUAUGGACAGCCAGAAGACGUGCCACAAACAAACCGCCUGGUAUUAGAGAGCCCUCUCACCGACUUAGACAUCGGGUUGGACGCGUGCAAGAUUGUUAGUCUCGCAGUCCCUCGUGAGCCGUCACUGCCCCGAAAUACCAUCUCAAGGGUCAUUGACAAUAUUCGUCCCGAGAGCCUGCGGCAAGCUGGGCUCUGGUUUCCCGGUAUCCCAAUCAAAUAUCACAACUUUGGACGCCACAAAUGUCUCGGAUCCCAAUGCCAUGCCGAACAUGUGUUCGAGAUUGAUGGACCUGGCGGCGAGCUGAUCACUUCUCUCGAGACUAUGCUCUUCACAUUUCAUGGUAAUAAUGACGAUUUAGGAAAGGAGAGCGAUGUGGUGGACUUGACGAUCAGAACCAACCGAGGUCAAUCACUUCGGCUCAGAGACGACACAGAUCUUCAUCUCAUGACCGCUCAAUCAAAUGGCAAGAUCUUCAAGAGGAGGUUGGAUGUCAACGAAGGAACCACAAUCACUGGUUUAUACGCUCACCAGUUCCAUGGAAGUAGAUCCCAAUUUAUGGCACUCGGUGUGAUUAGUGAACAGCUUGUUUGA